AUGAGUGCCAGGGCGCCCAAGGAGCUGAGGCUGGCUCUGCCGCCGUGUCUCCUCAACCGGACCUUUGCUUCCUCUAACAUCAGUGGCAACGCGAGUGCUCGUGGUCCGGGCGGCGGCGGCACCUGCAUAACGCAGGUGGGACAGCAGCUUUUCCAGUCUUUCUCAUCCACUCUGGUGUUGAUUAUCCUAGUCACCCUCAUAUUUUGCCUCAUCGUGUUGUCCCUCUCCACCUUCCACAUCCACAAGCGUAGGAUGAAGAAGCGGAAGAUGCAGAGGGCUCAGGAGGAAUACGAGCGCGAUCACUGCAGUGGCAGCCACCGUGGUGGUGGGCUGUCCCAAGCAGGCAGCCAGGCCCCAGCCCACGGAAAAGAAACGCGGCUGGAGAGGCAGCCUCAGGACUCUGCCUUCUGUGGCCCCUCCAACGCCUCCUCCUCCUCUUCGUCCCCGGGCUUCCAGGGUCCCUGCCCUCCUCCUCCUCCACCACCAGUCCCCAGUCCACAAGGAGCACAUACAGCCUCCUCCUGUUUGGACACAGCUGGCGAGGGCCUUUUGCAGACGGUGGUACUGUCCUGA